CCUUGCAAUACACCUGACUGUCGACCAGCUUUCUCGCAUUUCCAGCAGCGCGGCUUGCGUCUUGCUGAUCUUCUCUAUUGCGACUCCCUCUCCUCCCAUCUUCUGUUCCCAAGCACGACCAACAGCGACAACCUCGACUCCCCUCCAUCCCUCUCUGCCCCUCUCUCUCCCUCUCUUUCUCUCCAUCAUCUUGCUUCGCCUCGUCAUGGCCGACAACGCAGAGGCGGGCGGCGAUGCCCAAGUCACCUUCAAGGUCAAGACGGCGCAGGAGGGCUCGCACACCAUCACCAUGCCCGAGUCCGCGACGGUGCUGGAGCUCAAGACGAAGCUGUCGACGCCCGAGUUCGAGAACAUCCCGGUCGAGCGCCAGCGCCUCAUCUACUCGGGCCGCGUCAUGAAGAACGACGACACGCUGGCCACGUACAAGAUCAAGCCCAACAACACCAUCCACAUGGUCAAGAGCGCCGCCAGCAACGCCGCCCCGGCCGCCUCCUCCUCGACGCCCACCCCCGCCGCCGUGCCCACCAACAUGGCCUCGGGCACCGCCAACAACCCGCUGGCCGGCCUGACGGGCGCCAGGUACGCCGGCCACCAGAUCAACCUGCCCGGCAUGGACAUGUUUGGCCCUGACGGCGGCAUGGGCCCUCCCAUGGACGAGGAGCGAUUGUCGCGCAUGAUGUCCGAUCCCAACGUGCAGCAAUCCAUGAACGAGGCUCUCAACAACCCCGACUUCAUCAACAUGCUCAUCGAGUCGAACCCGAUGCUGCGCAACAUCCCCAACGCCCGCGAGAUCAUCACGUCGCCCUUUAUGCGCCAGAUGAUGAGCAACCCGCAGAUGAUGACACAAGCGAUGCGCAUGCAGCGCGCAAUGGGCAGAGGCGGCGACUCGGCCUUCCCUGCCCCUGGCGCCACGGACACCACACCCGAGGGCGCGCCCGCGGCCGACGGUGCCGCUGGUCAGGGCGCCACGGCUCAGCAGAACCCCUUUGCGAACCCCGCUGGCUCGGCCACUACUGCCACUACAGGCACGGGCCAGCCCCAGGCGGCGGCGAACCCCUUUGCGGCUCUGUUUCCUCCCCUGGCGGCUGGAGGCGCGAACCCCUUUGCCAUGGGCCCGGAGCAGUUCCAGCAGAUGAUGCAGAUGUUUGCGCCGCAGGCAGCUCCCCCUGCGGACAAUAGGCCGCCUGAGGAGCGCUAUGCGGAGCAGCUGAGGCAACUCAAUGACAUGGGAUUCUACGACUUUGACCGAAACGUGGCCGCGCUGAGGCGCAGCGGGGGAAGCGUGCAGGGCGCUGUCGAGCAUCUGCUUGGGGGUGUUUGAGCGGUUGGAGGAAGGGAGGGCACAUCUUCUGCCGCCUUUUGAAUUCUGGGAUCGAGCGUGGAUAAUGAUGGAAGCGUUGAGAUAUCUGGCUGAUAAUAUUGGCCGCAGCGCCACGACGACGAGCAGGGAGGCGUGGACAACGGGCCUUUCAAUUUUCCUCUUUUAUGAAAGACCGGGCCUCGAGAGAGUUUGCAUGGCAACCGGGCGCGAUUUACUCUGUGUAUUUUGUUUCUUCUUCACGUAAUGAGAAGUAUUGUGUAU